AUAUACACACUGCAAUGGCGGACUUGGCGGAGUUGAAGCAUAUGGUGAUGAGUUUUCGGGUUUCGGAGUUGCAAGUAUUAUUAGGAUAUGCAGGAAGAAAUAAAACAGGUAGAAAAACAGAACUUUUGUCACGAGCUCUGCAACUACUACAGAAGGGAUGCUCAGUUCCCAUACAGAUUAAAAUCAGAGAAUUAUACAAUCAAAUUUUUGGUUCAAACAGGCGCAAGCCAGCACUCAAGCCAGGAGAAGAUGGUUCCUCAAAUUUUAAAUCUGAAGGACCAUGGUUUUCAGGUCCUAUGGAUUACUCCAAUCGGAUAUUGAACCAUGACCCUUCACCACAUUCAAGUAGCCUUGGCAUGUUGCCAGUGCAUCCAGAUGUCAGACUUAAACUUUUACCUUUCUAUGAUUGUAUCACAGAGCUCAUGAAACCGACAAGUUUAGUACCAAAAGGACCAACAAAGUUUCAGGAGAGCCACUACAGUUUUCAUCUGACUCCACAACAAGCACAAGAUAUUGCCAUGUCCAGGGAUUUCAGACCAGGUGCUAGAUGUGAAUACACAACCCAGAUACAGCUAAGAUUUUGUCUCUUGGAAACAAGCUGUGAACAAGACGACCACUUCCCACCAAGCAUUUGUGUUCGUGUUAAUGGGAAAAUGGCUCCCUUACCAAAUCCAAUACCAACCAACAAGCCAGGAGUAGAUCCCAAACGGCCAGGUCGUCCAGUGGAUAUAACACCUCUGUGCAGACUCUCGCCCACUCUACCCAAUCAAAUUGAGGUCUCGUGGGCUGCUGAUUUUGGACGGGGAUUUUGUGUUGCCAUUUAUUUGGUUAAGAAAUUGACAUCAGAUACCCUGCUGGGCCGAUUAAAGCAGUUUGGUAACCGCCAUGCAGACCAUACCAGAGCUUUAAUUAAGGAGAAGCUUUCUCAUGAUCCAGACAGUGAAAUAGCUACCACUAGUCUCAGGGUCUCUCUCACUUGUCCACUGGGUAAGAUGAGGAUGACUAUACCCACACGCGCCAGCACGUGUACUCACCUUCAGUGCUUCGAUGGUUCAACAUUUCUGAUGAUGAAUGAGAAAAAGUCCACAUGGAUUUGUCCUGUCUGUGAUAAACCGGCACCUUUUCAUCGCCUAUUUAUUGAUGGGUUGUUUGUGGAGAUUUUACAGAAGACAUCUGACAUGAAUGAAAUACAGUUCCAUGAAGAUGGUUCCUGGAGUCCACUGAAAGCCUCCAAGGAAACCCAUGUGAUAUCCUGUAGUCCGGCUGCCCACAAGUCCGUACAGAAAGAAUCCAAAUCAGCCUCCAUUUCAGGACCAGCUCCAAAGAAGCCUAAGAUGGAAGUGAUAGACUUAACAGUGAGUUCUGAUGAGGAGACUGAUUCUGAAAGUGAAUGUGAUUCACCACAGCCAAUGUCAUCAACUGCGUUUGUUGACUCUAGUCCUAAUGUCAUCAGUCUUGACUCACCAACUCCCGCACCGUCUACAGCAUCGCCAUCUUGUGACUCUCCCAUGGUGGCAUCACCAUCAUCCAAUUCAAAUUCAUCAUCAUCCUCAUCAUCCUCAUCUUCAUCAUCCUCCAGCACACCAAAGCAACCACCCUCACCACAGAAAUCUCAAACAGGAACCCCAGUAAGUGCCCCCCUCUCAGCUCCCCAAUCAGUAAGCUCCCUGUCCCCAGCCAGAUCUUCGCGGCAGUCCACACCUGCCCUUGCUACUAGUCCUCGCCCUCUGCCCACUCCCUCACCUCCUGGACAACCUUUGAUCCACUCCCCUUUAGGAAUUAGAAUUUCUCCUGUGACACCCCCCUCCAGUACCCCAAUUUUACCUCCCUUCCAACCAAUUCCGGCCCCACUGUCAUUACCCAAUCCACCAUAUCCCCAUUAUCCACCCCCUCCCCAAAUACAAAAUUAUGAUCCCAACUUGGAUAGGGAGAUAGAAGACUUUUUACGUGGAAUUGUAUGGGACCAAUAUAGAUAGUUUUAAUUUUUAAAAAAUGAAUGGUGUAGAAUGAAAGGCAUUGAAUGGUGUUUAAGUUUUCAAAAACAAAUUAAAACAGUUCUUAGAAAACAGUGCUACAGAUUGAAUUUCUCAGGACUUUGUUGCAGAUUGGUUAAAAUAAAUUCAGUUAUGUAGCUUUCUCCCCUAGAUUUAUUAGCAAAGAGUAUUAUUACUUUCUUACACAAUCAGCUUAUGUUGAAAUUUAAUUAAAAGUCAUUUGAAAAUUCUAUCUAAACCAGAAUACUGUCUAUUUGCUUAAAUAUUUAGAGUCAAAUUAAAUGAUAAGAGAUUUCUGCAUAUAUUUUCAGGUAAUGUAAGCUGACAGAAAUAUGUGUUUAGUUUUUUUUUUUUAAUUUUAAGAAUUUCCAUAUUAUGAUAAAAAGUUGAAGCAAGUGCACCAAGAAUCUAAAAAAAAAAAAACAAUUAAAUUUUAUCAUUUUAAUGAGACAUUGUUAAGGACCUAGACUUUGCAAUCAUUUCAUUACACAUCUUAAUGGUUUCAAACUAACAUUGCUUGUACUCAUUUCUCCAUGUUUUCUCAUUUGAUAUAUUAAUUUAUUUUGCACGAGUUAAAUGUUUCAUUUCACUCCCAUUUAUUUCCUGAAUGAGGUGUUCUCGGUUUAAACUGCUGACUUCUAAUUUCACAUUGCUUUCUUAACGUACUUGAUAAAUAUUUUGUAAAUUUCUAAUCUUAACUGAGAUUUUUCUCUUUUUUGGAUAAGAUCUAGAAAAUAGAUGUAACUUGUAUGUAAUUAUUGCCAUUUUCUUUUUGAUUAUUCUUUUUUCCAUAAAAAAAUCUUGCAUGUGAAUUGAUUGUCUAAAUGUUAAAGCUGUGAUGAAGAAUACCUCAAUCAUUUCAUUUGACUUUGCACCUGCAUUGAUUUAUUUGACAAAAUGUAUCACUAUGUACAGAAAGUGUAUCACAAGACAUUAGAUACAAAGGGGAUCAUUCUACAUAUGUACUGUAUAUAAAAACUGGUACUAUUCAAAUUGUGAAAGCCAAAGGGUUCAGCAUUUUUUGUUCAAUUUCAAACAGUACAAUUUGAAUCGUCAUGUUUAAAAUUUCUGUUGUUUAACAGAUCGUAGAAUUUUGUUUUAAAGUUAAAUUUUGCAAUAUAAGCGAGAAAUUCUAAAUUUUAAUUUUAUAAAUUGUGUACAUCAUUGUGCUAUUUUCAAGAUUAUUUGUAAAGAGAAAAAUAACUUUAAGAGUAAAUCUGUAAUCCUUUUUUUCUCCAUUAUUUUCAUUUUCCAUCCUUGUUUUUUGUCAUGAACAUAUAAACAUAAGAUCACAUUUGAAUGGAAGACAUUGCUUUUCAUAUUUUAAAAAAAAGUAUUUAAUGAAGUCCAAGAAUAAUUGUACGUUUAACAAUACAGUACUUUAUUUGUUUCAUUUUGUUUGUAUUAAAACUAUGAUUUUAUUUAUACAAGUAUUUAUUGUUGAACUUGUUUGAAUUCAGUAAAAUGUUUAAGUCAUAAGGUGUAAAAUAUGUAAAAAUUGUCAAUGCUCUGUGACAAAUGUACCCUAAACGAGUUGUUGUUAUUAAAAUUGUGAAUAUUUA